CAAAGGAAAGGAGACUUGUCUUCAUUCUUGCACCGCUUGAGUUAGUCCACUCAUCUAGACAACGUAAGUGUAAAGUCACCGUUCCUGACAUGGCCAACCCUUUAAGGGGUGAGGUCAUAAGACUUUACAAAACUCUGCUGUAUCUUGGCCGUGACUAUCCACAAGGAGCAUCUUAUUUCAGGGAGCGUCUGAAGUCAGCUUUCAUGAAGAACAAAGACGUAACAGACCCUGAAAAGAUUCACAAACUGGUGGCCCGAGGAGAAUUUGUCAUCAAGGAACUGGAGGCCCCUCAUUUCCUCAGAAAAUAUCGAGUCAUGAAGAAGAAGUAUUAUGAAGAACCGAAAAAAUAAACACACUGAUAUACAGCUACAAUUAAGCAUUCUGCAAUGAAAUGCAGUCUGUAAGUACAGUCAUUGUGCUUUUAUUUAUAUCUGCCCCUAUAUAGAUAUAUAUAUAUAAAAACAACAAAUUUUGCCAUGCAUGGAAAUGGAAAAUGUUGGCCCUAUGUGUAAGAGUGCCAAAAAGUGAUGUUGUUACAGAAUGUACUUUGUAUUUCAUUGCACUAAAUGUCUUCCUUUAAGACCAGUGUUAUAAAUUGGAACUAUUUUAUACAUGCCGGUGUUAUGCCACGAAUUGCAUGCACCUCACAGGACAAUCAAAUAUGGCACAUACAUAAUUUCCAUUCUGCCCAAUUUUUCAUCCAUCCUGAAAGUAACAUGCUGCUGUAUUUUGCAUCCACACUUUAAGUUCCUCUGAAGACGCUUUACAGUUAAACACUGUUUGCAGCUCAUAUUUACUCAGGCUAAUGAAAUGUGUCUUCUAUGAAGUCUUGGCAGGUAUGCGUGUCUCUGCACAACACGGGUAUUAUGAAUUGUUUUCCACUAGAACAAUUGUUGCAGACAGUUAGACCCUUUGGGAAAUCAUUACUGUCAAGUUGAAUGUGUUUUUAAUCAAGGGAAAUUAAUGUCAUGUCCAUUUUGAAAAGAGUUUUCAGAUCAUGACUGCAGACAGUUUUCAUAGUUCUACAGCUGCAGAGCUGCACUUAUUCUGUGAAUGUGAGAUUGUAAUGAACUGUAACUAUCAAAGCAGAUAUUGUAUUUUGUAUAUCAGUGUUCUAAAUGUAUGGUCACACUUUUUUAAGACUGAAUGUACUUGACUAUUAAUGCACUAUUAGA